UUAAAAUGUAUACCAAGAGAACCACCAAAGCAAUCUUGUGCUUACUUCUUUGUUUGAUAAUAACACCUUCUUUCGCAAUGAGAAUUAGGCAAGAGGAUGAUGCUGCUGCUACUAGCGCUGAUGCUCCAGAUGAUGAUCAAACUAUGGGAACAAUGCUAUACGAUCUAGUUGCCGAGACAAUGAGGACAGGAAACGAGGCUUCCCAGUCAAUUUCAGAAUUGUGGAACCCAGUUAUUGGAAACCUUGUUAACGUAGUUGCUAGAGCAACUAAUGGAUUUGAUCCAGACUAUUUGAUGGGUCAAGCAGGAUCAUUGCCAGCUUUAGAUGGGUCAUCCCCUCCAGAAGGUGAUACUUCAUAUGAUGAUGCUCCAGCUCCUACUCCUGCUCCAGAACCUACUCCAGAAGUAUAUGAUGAACCAGCUUCAGAUGAUGCUCCAGCCUCAGAUGACGCUCCAGCCUCAGAUGACGCUCCAGCUUCAGAUGAUGCCCCAGCCUCAGAUGAUGCCCAAGCCUCAGAUGAUGCCCCAGCUUCUGAUGAUGCCCCAGCCCCAGCUCCAGAAGGUGAAAGAAGACUUCAAUUAUCUCAAGACAACUCUCAAAUCCUCCAAGACGCUUUCGACCAGCUCCAAGAUCAAAUUAAUCAAGCAUUCAAUGAUUUCUAUCAACAAGUAUCCCCUCUCCUCCCAAGCCAAGACCAAUCAGCUUCUCCAGCUCAAGAUGCCACUGCUACAAGAAGACUUCAAUACUAAAUAUAUAUAAAGCUAAAAUUUGCCUUUA